GUACCCCACCAUUGUGCUUGAGAGUUUGGAGUUACCAGCUGCAGUCUUUAUUGUGUUGGCCUGAGUCUUUUCCUGUGAUAAAUGGGAGAAUAAUAAUAUCGUGGCCGGAUUGUAAAGCCUUCGUGCACUAAGUUGCUGUGAACACGUGGUGCAUCUUAGCCUUUCUUACUAUGGUGGUGCUUGUGGCUAACACACUCAGUCUUCUCUCCUGGCCUCUGCUCUGUGCAGUACCUGCUUUUUAGGAAUAAUCCUCUGAUUAAGCAACAAGGGGUAAAGGAAUACCCCCUAAUGUGUGUGUUUCUUUUCCCCAUCAAGCAGAAUUUCCGGUUUUCAUCGUACUUCGUGAGCAAUCUGGUAUUUGGUUGAUCAAGUGCAUGUUGCGGGCCAGACCCUGUUCCCACAAAGCUGAAGAAUGAAAUGAGGGCCCAUCCUCUUGCCUCGGGUCUGGUGGAGGCUCCAGUGGGUGACCAGUUAGCUGGUCACUAUGAGUCAGAACCAACUCGACGGCAUCUGACAACAACAGCAAGAUAGGCGUAAUAAUGACUCCUGCAUCGUAGGGUUGCUGAGACCCUGAAAUGAGAUAAUUCAGUGGAUAUCAUGGACAUAAAGGAGAUCCGCCCAGGGAAAAGCUCCAAGGACUUCGAGCGUGCAAAAACAGUCCGCCAGAAAGAAGACUGCUGCUUUACCAUUUUCUAUGGCACCCAGUUCGUCCUCAGCACACUCAGUUUAGCAGCUGACUCUAAGGAGGAUGCAGUUAAGUGGCUUUCUGGCUUGAAAAUCUUACACCAAGAAGCGAGGAAUGCCUCCACACCCACAAUUAUUGAGAGUUGGCUGAGAAAGCAGAUUUAUUCUGUGGAUCAAACCAGGAGAAACAGCAUCAGCCUCCGAGAAUUGAAGACCAUCUUGCCCCUGGUCAACUUUAAAGUGAGCAGUGCCAAGUUCCUCAAAGAUAAGUUUGUGGAAAUAGGCGCGCACAGAGAUGAACUCAGCUUUGAACAGUUCCAUCUCUUCUAUAAAAAACUUAUGUUUGAACAGCAAAAAUCGAUUCUUGACGAGUUCAAGAAGGAUUCUUCUGUCUUCAUCCUGGGGAGCACUGACCGGCCAGACGCCUCCGCUAUUCACCUGCACGACUUCCAGAGGUUUCUCUUACAUGAACAGCAGGAGUCUUGGGCUCAGGAUCUAAACAAAGUACGUGAGCGGAUGACAAAGUUUAUUGACGACACGAUGAGGGAAACGGCUGAGCCCUUCUUGUUUGUUGAUGAGUUCCUUACGUACCUGUUCUCACGAGAAAACAGUAUUUGGGAUGAGAAGUAUGACAUGGUUGAGAUGCAGGACAUGAACAACCCCUUGUCUCACUACUGGAUCUCCUCGUCACAUAACACGUACCUCACGGGUGACCAGCUGCGGAGUGAGUCAUCCACGGAGGCAUACGUCCGCUGUCUGCGAAUGGGCUGUCGCUGCAUUGAGCUGGACUGCUGGGACGGGCCAGACGGGAAGCCCAUCAUCUACCAUGGCUGGACGCGGACCACCAAGAUCAAGUUUGAUGAUGUUGUUCAGGCCAUUAAAGACCAUGCCUUUGUCACCUCAAGCUUCCCCGUGAUCCUGUCCAUUGAGCAGCACUGCAGCGUGGAGCAGCAGCGCUACAUGGCCAAGGUGUUCAAGGAGGUGCUGGACGACCUGCUGCUCAUGAAGCCCACAGAGGCCAGUGCUGACCAGCUGCCCUCACCCAGCCAGCUUCGAGAGAAGGUUAUCAUCAAGCAUAAGAAGCUAGGCCCCCGAGGUGAUGUGGACGUCAACGUGGAGGACAAGAAGGAUGAGCACAGGCAGCAGGGUGAACUGUACAUGUGGGAUUCCAUCGACCAGAAAUGGACUCGGCACUACUGCGCCAUCGCUGAUGCCAAGCUGUCCUUCAGUGAUGAUAUUGAGCAGACGGUGGAAGAGGAGCUGCCCCAGGACACGCCCCCCACGGAGCUGCACUUUGGGGAGAAGUGGUUCCACAAAAAGGUCGAGAAGAGGACCAGCGCCGAGAAGCUGCUGCAGGAGUAUUGCGCCGAGUCGGGGGGCAAGGACGGGACUUUCUUGGUGCGGGAGAGUGAGUCCUUCCCCAACGACUACACGCUUUCCUUCUGGCGGUCGGGCCGGGUCCAGCACUGCCACAUCCGCUCGACCAUGGAGGGUGGGACCCUGAAGUACUACCUGACUGACAACCUCAUGUUCACCAGCAUCUACGCCCUCAUCCAGCACUACCGUGAGAGCCACCUGCGCUGUGCUGAGUUCCAGCUGCGGCUCACCGACCCCGUGCCCAACCCCAACCCGCACGAGUCACAGCCGUGGUACUAUGAGAGGCUAAGCCGUGGGGAAGCCGAGGACAUGCUGAUGAGGGUUCCCCGGGACGGGGCCUUCCUGAUCCGGAAGCGAGAAGGUGCUGACUCCUACGCCAUCACCUUCAGGGCCAGGGGUAAGGUGAAACACUGCCGCAUCAACCGGGAUGGCCGGCACUUUGUGCUGGGGACCUCAGCCUACUUCGAGAGCCUGGUGGAGCUGGUCAACUACUACGAGAAGCAUGCACUCUACCGCAAGAUGAAGUUGCGCUACCCAGUGACCCCUGAGCUACUGGAACGCUACAACAUGGAAAGAGAUAUAAACUCCCUCUAUGACGUCAGCAGGAUGUAUGUGGAUCCAAGUGAAAUCAACCCAUCCACGCCUCAGAGAACCGUGAAAGCUCUGUACGACUACAAAGCCAAGCGAAGCGAUGAGCUUAGCUUCUGCCGUGGUGCCCUCAUCCACAACGUCUCCAAGGAGCCCGGGGGUUGGUGGAAAGGCGACUACGGGGCCCGAAUCCAGCAGUACUUCCCGUCAAACUAUGUUGAGGAUAUUUCAACAGUUGAUGUUGAGGAGCUAGAAAAGCAGAUUAUUGAAGACAAUCCCUUAGGGUCUCUUUGCAGAGGGAUAUUGGACCUCAAUACCUAUAACGUCGUGAAAGCCCCACAAGGGAAAAACCAGAGGCCUUUUGUCUUUAUCCUGGAGCCCAAGAAGCAGGGUGACCCCCCGGUGGAGUUUGCCACAGACAGUGUGGAGGAUCUCUUUGAGUGGUUCCAGAGCAUCCGAGAGAUCACCUGGAAGAUCGACACCAAGGAGAACAACAUGAAGUACUGGGAGAAGAACCAGUCAAUCGCCAUCGAGCUCUCUGACCUGGUUGUAUACUGCAAACCAACCAGCAAAACCAAGGAUAACUUAGAAAACCCUGACUUCCGAGAAAUCCGCUCCUUCGUGGAGACCAAGGCUGACAGCAUCGUCAGACAGAAGCCCGUUGAUCUCCUGAAGUACAACCAGAAGGGUCUGACCCGCGUCUACCCCAAGGGACAAAGGGUUGACUCUUCAAACUAUGACCCCUUCCGCCUCUGGCUGUGUGGUUCCCAGAUGGUGGCACUCAACUUCCAGACGGCAGAUAAGUACAUGCAGCUGAAUCAUGCCUUGUUCUCCCUCAAUGGGCGGACAGGCUAUGUCCUACAGCCUGAGAGCAUGAGGAUUGAGAAUUAUGACCCACUGCCGCCCGAGCCCCAGAGGAAGAUCCUGAUGACUCUGACUGUCAAGGUUCUUGGCGCCCGCCAUCUCCCCAAGCUGGGACGAAGCAUUGCCUGUCCCUUUGUCGAGGUGGAAAUAUGUGGAGCUGAGUAUGACAACAACAAGUUUAAGACGACAGUUGUGAAUGAUAAUGGCUUAAGUCCUGUGUGGGCUUCAACACAGGAGAAGGUGACGUUUGAAAUUUAUGACCCAAACCUUGCGUUUCUGCGCUUUGUGGUUUACGAGGAAGAUAUGUUCAGUGAUCCCAACUUCCUCGCUCAUGCUACUUACCCCAUUAAGGGAAUCAAAUCAGGAUUUAGAUCUGUUCCUCUCAAGAACGGGUACAGCGAAGACAUGGAGCUGGCAUCCCUCCUGGUUUUCUGUGAAACGCGGCCGGUCCUGGAAAGCGAAGAGGAACUUUACUCUUCCUGUCGCCAGCUUCGGAGGCGGCAAGAAGAGCUGAACAACCAGCUUUUUUUGUACGACACACACCAGAACUUGCGCAACACCAACCGGGACCGGGACGCCCUGGUUAGGGAGUUCAAUGUCAACGAGAACCAGCUCCAGCUGUACCAGGAGAAGUGCAACCGGAGGUUGAGAGAGAAGAGAGUCAGCAAUAGCAAGUUUUACUCAUAGAAGCCGGGGUACAUGUGUGUGUUUGCAUGUAAGAAAAUGUACUCUACUCAGACCAUCCUCUCCAAGCCUGCCAUCAAGGUGACAUUUCCAAAGAAGACCCAACUGGCAUGCGUUGGGAUGAUUUUCCUGCUAACUUUUUCAUCUUGGACAACUUUCUUAACUUAUGUUCUCCAUAGGGGCCCUAUAGAGGGUCCCUAAAAUGUGUUGCUCAUUUUGGGCCUCUUGUGUUCCAAACCUCAUUGAAUAAAAGCAAUGAAAAUCUCAGUAAGUUAAAUCUUCUGUGCCUGACCUAUAUACUGAGCAAGAUUCUGCCUCUAACGACCCAGGUAAUUAACUGACUUCCGCAGAAGAGGAUCCUGAAAUGGAAGGAACUAAUUUAUUAGAUUCUGGAAAGGAUUUUUACUAAAAGGCAAACGAUUCCACAAUUAAGGCCAUCGGAUUCCACAAGGGCCCAAAGAGGAGCCCUGCCCCAGGUCAGCAGGCUCAGCUCAAUGCACUUAACUACCACCAGCAGGCUGGCUGGCUAGACUGACCUCCUGCGUGGACCUGCCACAGUACAUGAGAGGCAGUUAGC